CGCUCGUUGCGCCAUCUGUCAACUUGUAAACUCCCCUACAUGCGCUCUUCUAAAAAGUUCUUUCGUCCGGUUUUCUCGUAAAAAUGGCUCCGACCAAGGUGCAAAAAGCUAAAGCCCCAGUGGGGAAGAAGCAACAUCUUCGUGGCAAGGGCCAGAAGAAGAAGGUUUGCCUAAAGUUCUCAAUUGACUGUACGCAUCCAGUCGAGGACAAUAUUAUGGAUGUCGCAAGUUUCGAAAAGUACCUUCAUGAACGAAUUAAGGUUAACGGAAAAACCGGAAAUUUUGGAAAUAAUGUUACUAUUGAAAGGAACAAGAUGAGAAUAACAGUCAGUAGUGAUAUCGACUUCUCUAAACGGUAUCUCAAGUAUUUGACGAAAAGAUACUUGAAAAAGAAUAAACUUCGUGAUUGGCUUCGAGUAGUUUGCAAAGACAAAGAAACCUACGAACUCAGAUACUUCCAAAUUAACAGCCAGGAAGAUGAAGAUGACGAAGAUGCAGAAUAAAUUAAAAAAAUGUAAAUUUAUGAUUUUCAAUAAAAAUACAUUUUUCGUUAA